UGUUAACCGGAAACGCAUUGAAUCCUUACCAGCAGCUAGCUAGGCUAAUACUCUCUCCACUGCCUGUCGGCGUUGACAACAAAUUCCGGCUUGUCAUGGGCAUGCUGAAGUGCUGUAUGUUGUGACAACCGACGCCACGAUGAUGAACGACAUCUCCGAGGAGCCGGAGAAGGACAACUUGCUCGAGGAGGCUCCUAGUUUGACGGUGCCCGGUAGUGGCGCAAGGCCUAAAAGCAGCGAUGGAGGCAUCAGGUCAACAGAGAAGAGAGGACCUUACAUCAUGUCCAGGGUGCCAGCCAUCCACCUCAAGCUACAAAAACACAGGGAGCUCGCCAGGAAAGCUCUUAAGAAAAAGGCUCUCUCACCGGGACCGCCUGUCAUGCAUCAGCCCAGACAAGGAGCCAAAAGAAAAGUCAAGUAUAACAAGGGCUACGCUGCCUUGAGUCAACGUGCCGAAGAAACUUUGAUUGCAUUGGAUUCUGACAGCGAUGAAGAGAUUGAUUUUGAGCAGUGCUCCUCGGGCUACUCCUCGGCCGAGAUCCAUCCGGACUUGAGUCGGCAGCUUCUGCAAGACGGCUACCGGCUGGACGAGAUUCCCGACGACGAGGACCUGGACCUGAUCCCACCCAAAGCCAUGGGUUCCUCUGUGUGUUGCUGCAUAGAAGCUCCGUCCUGCUGCACGCAGUGAAAGGCUGCUACUUUACUGCAGAGCGCCAAAGCAGGUUUGUAGCGGCUGUUGGGAGACCGGCGCACGCUGCCUUCUUGCCUCCUUGAACCGGGGUUUCCUACUCUGGAGCCGAGAGCGGGCCUCCUCCUCAACCGCAUCGCCGCGGAGAUGGACAGCAAAAAAACAAAACAAAAAGCCUUAUCCACUGUGACUCCAAAGCUUGACCCUAUUUUUGUAUUUUUUUUUCUCGUACGUUUCACUGUGCUAGCACUACAAAUGGAGUGACUGGCGCGGACGUGUGGCAUCUGCAUGUUUCAUUUGCAAUUCUUACAUUCCCUGAUUGCUGUUACAUGAACGUCACCUACUCCCACAUUAAUAACCUGAAAGGAUUUGAAUAGGAUAUUAAGUUAAGUACGCUUGAGUGAUGCACUUAUUUUUCUAGUUUUUUUUUUUUUUAUGAAUUCUUUUGCUAGCGUCGGGGUGCAAUCGACAUUGAAAUGUGUUCUCUUAUCAAAUGAUUGACCCUUAAGGGUUGAAAACGGCUUGCUCGCUUAUAUAACGAUCCAAUGCUAAUGGCUCGGUAAUCAUGGAUUUUUAUUUUUAUUUAUUAUAAUUAGUGGGCUUCAUUAUUAUGAUACUACCGAGGAAUAUUAGGGCCACAUUUCAAAGGGGAAAAAAUAUAUGUAGAAUAUGGCAAUACAUUAAUUUUAGGAGGAAAAAAAGCAGUUGAAUAUAAUAUACAAAUUAUAAUGCCACAAAAAAAAAUUGGACUCGCAUUCCAACUUUUUUUUAAUGACAUUAUGACUUUAUUCAUGCAAAUUUAUAACUUAAUGGUCAUACCAUUGGGCGGCCCGGUAGUGCAGUGGUUAGCACGUUGGCUUCACAGUGCAGAGGUACCGGGUUCGAUUCCAGCUCCGGCCUCCCUGUGUGGAGUUUGCAUGUUCUCCCCGGGCCUGCGUGGGUUUUCUCCGGGUGCUCCGGUUUCUUCCCACAUUCCAAAAAUAUGCAUGGCAGGCUGAUUGAACACUCUAAAUUGUCCCUAGGUGUGAGUGUGAGCGUGGAUGGUUGUUCAUCUAUGUGUGCCCUGCGAUUGGCUGGCAACCGAUUCAGGGUGUCUCCCGCCUACUGCCCGGAGACGGCUGGAAUGGGCUCCAGCACCCCCCGCGACCCUAGUGAGGAUCAAGCGGUACAGAAGAUGAAUGAAUGAAUGAAUGAAUGGUCAUACCAUUAUGACUUUACGCUCCUAAUAUUACAACCUACUUCCUUUCUUCCUCAUCACAUUAGCGCUUCAUUCAUGUAGCAUUACAACUUUGUUCUUAUCACAGUCCGGACUUUAUUUUCGUAACAUUACGAAUUUGUCAUAAGCGAAUGUCUUCAAUUUUGUAACAUAAUUUUAUCCUCAUGAUGGAAUUGACUCUUUGAACGUUACAUCAGUUUCAAUGUUAGGACGUUCUCGCAAUGUCACAACGUUAUUCCCGUAACCGUACAACGUUGCGCUUGAAAUGUUAGGAAUUUGUUGUAACAAGAUUACGAGGUGACUCUUGUAACAUUGCAAUUUUAUUUUGCCUAACUUUACAAAUUUUUAAUCAAGUUACAAAUAUAUUUUGAGAAAGAAGGAUUUUUUUUUCAUAGCAUUAGAAUUCUUGUAACAUGUCCCACUUUAUUCGCAUACCAAUUCAUAUUCUUCUAUUACAACUUUUUUGGUGUACCGGUAACAUUAAGAUUGAAUUGUUUCGACACCACGACUAUUCUAAAACUGAAUUCUUUACAACUUCAAUCAUGUACGUAAACGCUUGCUCCAACUUUUUUCAGUAGCAUUGUGACUUUAUUUCAUAAAAAUGUCAAACAUAAUUAUUGUCACCGUACAAAUUUAUAUCAUAUUCUUGUAACUUUUCAACUUUUUAUACUCUCAAAUAUUUUUUUUUCUCAUCAUAUUACGCCGUCUUCUAACAUUGUAACCUCAUUCCCACGAGGUUGCAUUCUUCGCGCAAAACUUGUGUAUUUUUUUUGGAUAACAUUGCAACUUUUUCCCCCCUCGUAGUGUUCUGAUUUUCUUUUUUUUUUUCAUGUCUGCGUAGCCCGAGGACACCUUUGUCGUCACCUCAAUCAAAGCGUUCACAUAAAUGUGCACUAUCUCCAAAAUACUUAAGCCAAUGAGUGAGGUAGCAAAUGCAGUGGGAUGGUCUCCGGCAUGUGAAAAUUAAAAAAAAUGUUCAUCGAAGUCUAAAACAACACGCUAUAGAUUGCUUGCAUUCAGCUUGGAAAAGAAGAGACAUGUAGGGCUUUACACCAAAGGGGUUUCUGGUGAGUUGAGAAGCAAUGUUGCGUCAAGAGUUUUGCGUUGGCGCUAUAACUAAGUAGAUGUAUUUAUUAUUUAUUUAUAACUUUCAGAGAUGGGAACAGCAGCAUUCAGAAAAGAAUUGCUGGAUGUCUUUUUUUCAAUACAUUGUGUGACAAAACUAUGGUUGCAACCGUUGGAAAUGUUUAUUGUGUGUGAGACCGAGGAAGGGCGAGCGCUUUGCCUUUUACUGUACAUUUGCGGAAUAGAAAGAGCAUUUUUCUCUUAUGAGUGGUUGCAACCCGCAUAAGUUUCCUCUUGUGGCGGUGUUGGUUCUUCUCAUCGGGGGAAAGCACUUACUCUAUAAGCGACGGCAAAUGGCAGCGUAAAACCCGAACAUUUAAAAUGACCUUUGACGCAAUCAACGAACAAAUGGUUCAUGUUAUUCUGAGGGUAUGUGGUCUAGAAAAUGGAUGGGUGGAUUU